UUUAUUUAUUUUCUGUUUGGUUGUUCAUGUUAUAUAUUAAAUGUAUCAUAUCAGAGUCCAGUGUGUGAACAGGUCACGGUCCUGACGUUAAAGUCACAUGUAUUCUGAUACGACUGUUCACACUGAGGUCAUAUUGAUGUGUAACUGAGUAUGUUUUUUACAGUGUGGUAUCAAGCUGUACUUUUGAAUACCUCUCGCAGUACUGAUGACAAGCAGUGGUGGAAGAAGAACCUAUUGAUGCCCUUGAGUUAGUGUAUUCAUUAGUCACGUGUCCGACUGAUCCUUCAUGUAUAAAUCACACCUGUGACUCUCGGAGGCCGACAGUCCUGGACACAUGACCACGACGAUGUAUACCUUGAGCUUCCUGUGUGCCUUGGGCCUCUUUGCUGCUCUUCAGGUGCCUGGCACCUUGGCGGAGGAUGUGGAGCCCAUGGCAGAGGGCACCGUCCUGGUCUCUUCCUCAGACAAGGUUGAGAUUGUGAACAAGCAUAAUGCCCUGAGGAGAGGUGUUCAGCCUACUGCCAGCGACAUGUUGGAAAUGAAAUGGAACGACGAGGCUGCAGCCAACGCUCAGAAAUGGGCCAACACCUGCUCCAUGAAGCACAGCCCUGCCAGCUCCAGAGAGAUCAGAACUAGCGGCUGUGGGGAGAACCUGUACAUGUCCAGCUUCAAGAACACCUGGAGCAACGCCAUCCAGUCCUGGUAUGACGAGGUGAAGGACUGGCGCUACGGAGUGGGAGCCAUCAACGGAGGAAUGAUCGGACACUUCACACAGCUUGUUUGGUACAGGUCCAACUAUCUUGGCUGCGCUAUGGCCCACUGUCCCAACUCUUCAUACAAGUACUUCUACGUCUGCCAAUACUGUCCACCUGGAAACUACCAGUACGCUCGCCCCUACCAGCAGGGACCCACCUGCGGUGACUGCCCCAAUGCCUGCAGCAAUAAACUGUGCACCAACCCAUGUCCGUACGCUGAUAAGUACAGCAACUGUCCUGAUCUGAAGAAGCAGUGGAGCUGCAGUCACGGUGACGUGGCAUCCUGGUGCCCCGCCUCCUGCAAGUGCACCAACCAGAUCAUUUAAAUGUCCACACGGUCUCUGACUCAUCAGUCAGUUUCAAUA